AUAGCGACGAAACUAACACAGCAUGGCUGCUGAAAAGGAGAAGCGUUUAUCCAAACGCGUUUUUAUCAACAAUGUGGAUAAAUAUACUUCUAAACAUAUAGGAAAGUGUUUCUGGUGAUGGGGUUCAUAUGUACAACAAAGAGUGCCAUUGCAUUACACUGAUCAGGCAUAACAUUAUGACUACCUGCCUAAUAUUGUGUUGGUCACAAAACAGCCCUGACCCGUCCUGCACUGUGUAUUCUGCCACCUUUCUAUCAGAACCAGCAUUAACUUCUUCAGCAGUUUGAGCAACAGUAGCUCGUCUGUUGGAUCGGAUCACACGGGCCAGCCUUCACGCCCCACGUGCAUCAUUGAGCCUUGGCCAUCCAUGACCCUGUCGCCAGUUCACCACUGUUCCUUCCUUGGAGCACUUUUGAUAGAUACUGACCACUGCAGACCGGGAACACUCCACAAGAGCUGCAGUUUUGGAGAUGCUCUGAUCCAGUGGUCUAGCCAUCACAAUUUGGCCCUUCAUCAAACUCGCUCAAAUCCUUAUGCUUGUCCAUUUUUCCUGAAUCUAACACAUCAACUUUGAGGACAAAAUGUUGACUUGCUGCCUAAUAUAUCCCACCCACUAACAGGUGCCAUGAUGAGGAGAUCAUCAGUGUUAUUCACUUCACCUCUCAGUGCUCAGAAUGUUAUGCCACAUCGGUGUAUGCUUCUCUACUAUGUAUAUUUUUGACUUUUCUUUCUCAUACCUUCAGUUUUUAGCCUCAUCUGCUGUUGGAGAUUCCCAUCUUGCUGAACAAUUACAGGACGAACACACAAGUUCCCAAGAAGGCAUUUAUCACAUUGUUGGAACCGUUUCGGGUAAAACUGAAGAGAAGUCCAGUUUCGCAGUAGAAGAAUACACUCACAUGACACGUGAAGAGCUUUUCCGUCACCUGAUGGAGUCGGAUGUCAUCGUUUAUAACAUUUACAACGAGAAUGCCGAUCAGAUUGAAGAAGCCUCUUGGGCUGUCUCAGCUUUAUCCUUUAUCUCUUCAUUAAAAGCUCUUCACAAGGAAAUUGAUGCAUUUCCUCGACCAAAGAUGUUCAUCUUGAUCUCCUCGGUCAUGACGUGGGCUCUGACUCAGACACUCGAUCCAAACGAUCCAGAGAUUCAUCUUACAGAAUGGGACUACAGGAGACGGAAACCCUAUCCCAGCUUUAAAGAUCAUCUCACUGUGGAGAAGCUUGUGGUUAAACUGGGAAAAUCGAAUCAGUCCCAGUUCUCGACUUAUGUGGUUGCUUCUGGACUGCAGUACGGAAUGGGCGAGCAAGCGUUUCAUUUCUGUUUCAAAACAUCGUGGUUGGGAGAGGAACCGGAAGUGCCGAUCUUCGGAGACGGCUCUAAUAUCAUUCCAGCUGUUCACAUCAGUGACCUGGCAGGGAUUGUGCAGAACGUAAUGGAGCGUAAGCUGAAGCCGCAGUACUUCCUUGCAGUGGAUGAAUCACAGAACACCGUUGCUGACAUUAUCAGUGCAAUAGCGUCGGCACUCGGACCGGGAAAAACCCGAAACGUUCCGAAAGAGGACAUAUUUCUCACAGAGGAACUGACACAAGCAGAAAUUGAUCAUUUGUUCAUCAACCUCCGAAUGGAAGCCAUUUUGUUCAACAAGAAUAUCAGUAAAGAGAAUUUAAGCUUUAAUUGGGUUUCAAAGAACGGCAUUGUUGAGAACAUCAGCCGAAUUGUGGAGGAAUACAAGCUCACACGAGGCCUGCUGCCUGUUCGCAUCUGUCUCCUGGGACCUCCUGCUGUCGGGAAAAGCACCAUCGCUGAAAAGAUAUGCAAGCACUACAAACUGCACCAUGUCAAACUCAAAGAGACCAUCACUGAGACUCUCGCUAACCUGGAGUCACGCGUCCGCAUGGUAGGGGCGGAAAACAAAAUGGACGACGAGUCACGUGGGGCGCAGGAGCUUUUGGAGACACUGACGAAGAACAUGGACAAAAAUGGAGGCCGGUUGGACGAGUCGUACGUCAUCCAAAUCAUGAAGAACAAGCUGAAAACCACGGCGUGUAGAAACCAAGGAUUCGUCCUGGACGGCUUUCCGAAGACAUACGAGCAAGUUAAAGAGCUGUUUUGUGCCGAGGUGGACCAAGCUAAAGACGAGCGGUCAAGGAACAAGGAAAUCAUCCCAGAGUUUGUGUUCUCUCUGGACGCCACUGAUGAGUUCCUGGAGGAACGUGUCCUGAACCUGCCCGAGAGUGUGGUGCAGGGGACGUCACACUCCGUGGAGAAGUACUUUCAGCGUCUGGACACGUUCCGAAAAAACAAUUCAGAAAGUCAAAGUGUACUGAAAUACUUCCAGGAGCUGGAGAUUCACCCCGAGCGGAUAGAGAUCGAUAGCGACGACUCGGAGAACAUCCUGGCGACGGAGAAGGUGCUGGAGAUCGUGGGGAAGGCCAGGAACUACGGCCCCACCUCGAAGGAUGUGGAGGAAGAGCGGAGGCGGGCAGAGAUCAGACUGAGCGAGAAGGAGGAGGCGCGACAGGAUGAAGCCAAGCGCAAAAAGGAAGAGGAGGAGCUGUGGGCCAAGCAGGAAGAGGAAUGGAACCGAUGUCUGGAGAACGAGAGGAGACAGGAAGUGGCUCUGUUGAUCUCAGAAUCAGCUUCUCUCAGGCAAUAUUUGAUGAACAGCGUGUUGCCCACCGUGAUUCGAGGCUGCCUCGAGAGCUCCGAGCUCCGACCCGAAGAUCCCAUACACUUCUUGGCUGAAUAUCUCCUGAAAAGCAAUCCAGAUGUGCAACAAACACAGCGAGAUGAAGUUGCAAACUGAAAAAAAUCUCUCCAGGCUUGGGUGUAAGACUGAAAAAGGUGAAAAUGUGUGGUGAUGUUUUAUGAUGAUUAUUUUAUAGAAUGGAAGAGUUUUAUGAAAGACUUUACAAUAAUUGAAUAAAAGCAUUUGAAGUCA